GGCAGGAAGCGCGGCGCCGCGCCGGGCCUCUGCGAGUAAGCGAGAGACUCCGGCGGCGACCCUCCCGGCCUGGACCGCGGCGGGGGAACAGGCUAGAAGGCGGUGUGCUCAGUCCCGCAGGCUCUGACUUUUUCUCCUGCCAUGAGGUGGGGCUGCCAUUUGCCCAGGGCCUCUUGGAGCCCUGGUCUAGGAAGAGUACUCCAGCCAGCAGACGAACGUAUCCCCUUCCUGAUUCACUGGAGUUGGCCUCUUAAAGGGGAGCGCCCUCUUGGGUCCCCGAGGGCCUUUAUACGCCACAACGGAAGCUCAGUGGGCAAUGGUCCUUCAUGCGGGAGGCACGGACAGUUGUUCCAGGGCACUGCUGCAUCUGAAGCUCUCCAGCAGCACCGCCACAAUCUGGCCGAGUGGUUCAGUCGGCUGCCCAGGGAAGAGCGCCAGUUUGGCCCGACCUUUGCACUAGACACAGUCCAUGUAGACCCUGUGAUCCGUGAGAGCACCCCUGAUGAGCUGCUGCGCCCACUGGCUGAACUGGCCCUGGAGCGUCAGCCACCCUCUGCUGGGCUCCCCCCACUAGCCCUGUCUCAGCUCUUUGACCCAGAUGCCUGUGGGCGCCGGGUGCAGACGGUGGUGCUUUACGGGACCGUGGGCACAGGCAAGAGCACGCUGGUGCGCAAGAUGGUCUUGGACUGGUGUUAUGGACGGCUGCCAGCCUUCGAGCUGCUCAUCCCCUUCUCCUGUGAGGACCUGUCAUCCCUGGGCCCUGCUCCUGCCUCCUUGUGCCAACUUGUAGCCCAGCGCUACACUGCCCUGAAGGAGGUUCUGCCUCUGAUGGCUGCUGCUGGCUCCCGCCUGCUGUUUGUGCUCCACGGCUUGGAGCAUCUCAACCUCAAUUUCUCAUUAGCCAGCACAGGGCUUUGCAGUGACCCUGAGAAGCCAGAGGCGCCAGCUGCCAUCAUCACCAACCUGCUGCGCAAAUACAUGUUGCCUGAGGCCAGCAUUCUGGUGACCACCCGGCCCUCUGCCAUUGGCCGCAUCCCUAGCAAGUACGUGGGCCGCUAUGGCGAGAUCUGUGGCUUCUCUGAUACCAACCUCCAGAAGCUCUACUUCCAGCUCCGCCUCAACCAGCCAGACUGCGGGCCCGGAGCUGGGGGUGUGUCGGUCACGCCGGCUCAGCGCGACCACCUGGUGCAGAUGCUGACCCGGAACCUGGAAGGGCACCAUCAGAUCGCCGCUGCCUGCUUCCUGCCCUCCUACUGCUGGCUCGUCUGUGCCACCCUGCACUUCCUGCAUGCUCCCAUGCCAGCCGGCCAGACCCUCACGAGCAUCUACACCAGCUUCCUGCGUCUUAACUUCAGUGGGGAGAUGCUGGACAGCACUGACCCCUCCAAGUUGUCCCUGAUGGCCUAUGCGGCCCGAACUAUGGGCAAGCUGGCCUAUGAGGGUGUGUCCUCCCGCAAGACCUACUUCUCUGAAGAGGACGUGCGCGGCUGCCUGGAAGCCGGCGUCCAGACAGAAGAGGAGUUUCAGCUGCUGCGCGUUUUCCGCCGAGACGCCCUGCGGUUUUUUCUGGCCCCGUGUGUGGAGCCAGGACACGCGGGUACCUUCGUGUUCACCGUGCCCGCCAUGCAGGAAUACCUGGCUGCCCUCUACAUCGUGCUGGGUUUGCGGAAGACGACUCUACAGCGGGUGGGCAAGGAAGUGGCCGAGCUCGUGGGCCGUGUCGGGGAGGAUGUCAGCCUGGUUCUGGGCAUCAUGGCCAAGCUGCUGCCCUUGCGGGCCCUGCCGCUGCUCUUCAACCUGCUCAAGGUGGUUCCACGAGUGUUUGGGCGUGUGGUGGGUAAGAGCCGCGAGGCAGUGGCCCAGGCCAUGGUGCUGGAGAUGUUCCGAGAGGAGGACUACUACAACGACGAUGUCCUGGACCAGAUAGGUGCUAGUAUCCUGGGCGUCGAAGGUCCGCGGCGCCACCCAGACGAGCCUCCAGACGAUGAAGUCUUUGAGCUUUUUCCCAUGUUCAUGGGCGGGCUUCUGUCUGCCCACAACCGGGCAGUGCUGGCUCAGCUUGGCUGCCCCAUCAAGACCCUGGAUGCCCUGGAGAACGCCCAGGCCAUCAAGAAGAAGCUGGGCAAGCUGGGCCGGCAGGUGCUGCCCCCCUCGGAGCUCCUGGACCACCUCUUCUUCCACUAUGAGUUCCAGAAUCAGCGCUUCUCUGCCGAGGUGCUUGGCUCUCUGCGCCAGCUCAACCUGGCAGGUGUGCGCAUGACGCCCCUCAAGUGCACGGUGGUGGCAGCUGUCCUGGGCAGUGGAAGGCAUGCCCUGGAUGAGGUGAACUUGGCCUCCUGCCAGCUGGAUCCUGCUGGGUUGCGCACGCUCACGCCUGUCUUCCUGCGUGCCCGGAAGCUGGGGUUGCAACUCAACAGCCUGGGCCCCGAGGCCUGCAGGGACCUCCGCGACCUGCUGCUACAUGACCAGUGCCAAGUGACCACCCUGCGGCUGUCCAACAACCCACUGAUGGCGGCGGGUGUGGCCCUGCUGCUGGAGGGGCUGGCAGGAAAUACCUCCCUGAAACAUCUCUCUCUACUGCACACGGGCCUUGGGGAUGAGGGCCUGGAGCUGCUGGCGGCCCAGCUGGACCGAAACCAACAGCUCCAGGAGCUGAACGUGGCCUACAACGGCGCUGGUGACACGGCGGCCCUGGCCUUAGCCAAGGCUGCCUGGAAGCACCCUUCCUUGGAGCUGCUGCAUCUCUACUUCAACGAGCUGAGCUCAGAGUGCCGCCAGGCCCUGCGGGACUUGGGGAGCGCUGCAGAGGGCGGUGCCCGGGUCGUGGUGUCACUGACGGAGGGGACAGCAGUGUCCGAGUACUGGUCGGUGAUCCUGGGUGAAGUCCAGCGGAACCUCAACAGCUGGGAUCGCAGCCGGGUCCAGCGCCACCUGGAGCUGCUGCUGAGGGAUCUGGAAGACAACCGGGGAGCCACCCUUAAUCCCUGGCGUAAGGCCCAGCUGCUGCGGGUGGAGGGCGAGGUCAGGGCCCUCCUGGAGCAGCUGGGCGGCCCUGGAAGCUGAGACCGUGGCAGCAGUGUGUGUCCCCUGGCCCCAAGUCCUCUCUGUCUGUGACUCCCAGCUUCCACUACUACUUCUAGAAAGAUCCCUUCCAGGGAUGGUUGGAAUGUGCACACAGGUGUGCCAGUUGCUCUCCUAGGGCAUGUCCAACCAGUGUUCCGAAUCUGGAGUUUCCAGGAUCGUGGAACAUGCCUCACCUCCCUUCAGCUAGAAGGGCUGAAAGAUGUGGCAUUUGGUGGCCACAUUGUCCCUUAGCGUGUGUACCUGCAUGCUAAGUCGCUUCAGUUGUGUCUGAGUCCUUGCGACCCUUUGGGCUAUAGCCCACCAGGCUCCUCUGUCCAUGGGAUUCUCCAGGCAAGAAUACUGGAGUAGGUUGCCAUGCCCUCCUCCAGGGGAUCUUCCCAACCCAGGGAUUGGACCCAUGUCUCCUGUGUCUCCUGCAUUGCAGGCAGAUUCUUUACCCCUGAGCUAUUCGGGGAAUACACCUGUCCUGUAGCAGCACCACCAAGCGCCUCUCUGAUCGUGCCACCAGAGGGCACUCUUCUCAUGUGGGACUUGCUGUCCAGAUGUGUUGGAGGGUUUCCGCGUCCUGCCUUUAUGUUUUCUGGGGACACCCAGGUUGCCAGCAGCCACUUUCCUCUCUCACUGGUGCUGUCUCCUCACCGUCAUCCCCCUUUCACCAAUGGUACCCAAGCUCGGUGGCCCCUAGGGACGUGGGCACUGACUUGCUUCUAUUAAAGAGCUGUGUCUUCC